AGACGAGUCAUGUGACCAGAUGCUGACGUGACUGUGUCACAUGAACGCAGGAUCUGGAGCAUGCGCACGGCGAUUUGCCACAAGCCAACGGCGCCAUGAUAGCUACGAAGCAUGAUGAAAUUUUAUUACACUGUGACGAGUCUUCUCUUGCUGUUUGAUUUGGCUUGUGGAGACUGUGUACCUGAACUAGAACAUGAUGUGCUUCUACAAGGUGGAGACAUGGGUAAUGUAUUUGCUCCAGAUGUUGAGUACUGCCAAAUGGUCUGUACCUUCAGUGCCCGUUGCCUGAUGUUUUCUUAUCUACCAGCAAGCUGGUCAAAUGAUAAUGAAAGGUUUGCAUGCUUUCUGAAGGACAGUCCAACAUUAACAUUAACGAAAACGAUGGUGCCAGGAGCCAUUUCAGGGCAUUCCUUAAAACAUUGUACAAAGAGAAUAUAUGCCUGCAGAGAUAAGUUUUACCCUGGACUUGACAUGCUUGGGACAACAUUUAAUAUUUCAAAAGUAACCAGUGUGGAGGAAUGCAGAGAACGCUGCACCAAUAAUGAACAUUGCCUGUUCUUCACUUAUGUUACAGAGAAAUACCACAACAGUCAACUUCGGAACAAUUGUUACUUCAAAUACUCUGGCAAAGGAAUGCCAACGAAAAUAAGGCAAGUUUCCAAUGUCAUUUGUGGAUUCUCAUUAAAAGCUUGUGGCAAGUCUUCACUGGAUUGUCAAAGAGAUAUUUUUCAGCAUAUGGAAUUUCCUGGAGAAAAUCUUGCAAGUGUUCUUGCACCUAAUGUGCAUAUGUGUCAGAAGAUUUGUACAUUCUACCCAAACUGUUUAUUUUUUACCUAUGUAACAGAGGACUGGUCAAAACCAAAGGAAAGACAUCUUUGUUAUCUAAAGACAGGACAACAAUCGGCACCUAGUGAUGUUCUGUUCAAAGACAAUGUUGUAUCAGGAUUCAGCCUCCUGUCAUGUAGAACGAGCCUUUCAGUAUGCCCAUUGCCUUCAGUUAACAACACAGUUUUUCUUGGCACUAAUCUUCAUGUUGGAGAAGUUAAUGGGGAAAAAGAUUGUCAACAACUUUGUACAAAUAACAUCCGAUGCCAGUUCUUCACCUACAAACCAAAUGAUUGUAAUCAAAACAAGUGCAAAUGCCAAUUGAUGAUGUCAUCCAACGGCUUGCCAACUGCUAUAAAAUAUGGGAAAGGAGGAAAUUCAGGAUUUUCCUUAAGACUGUGCAAAACCAGAACAGUUGGAGGAUGUGGAAUGCCUGUCGAUCAGGCAGGCAGAAUUGUCGGUGGCAGGAGUAGCACUCUCGGUGAAUGGCCAUGGCAAGUAAGCAUCCAUCUUAAAGUAUCCUCUGGUAGACAUGUGUGUGGUGGAUCCAUUAUCAGCAACCAGUGGAUUGUAACAGCUGCCCAUUGUGUUGUGCAGUGGCCCCUGCCAAGAUUUUGGAACAUCUAUGCUGGCAUUGUAAACCAGUCAGAAAUCACUCCAUUUACACCAGUUUUAGAUAUUGAACAAAUUAUAGUUCACCCUGAUUAUGCUGGAGCAGAAAGUGGCCAUGACAUUGCAUUAUUAAAACUAAAGACACCCAUCGCAUAUAAUGAUUAUCAACAAGCCAUCUGCUUACCACCAAUUCAAGACUCCUUUGUCCUGCCUAGCACGUGCUGGAUAACAGGAUGGGGAUACACCAAUGAGUCUGGAACUGCUUCCGAUGUGCUCCAGAAGGCUGAGAUACCUCCAAAGUCAAGCAUGGAAUGUCAAAAAAGUUAUCCAUCACAAAUGAUUAGCAAUAAGGUCUUAUGUGCUGGAUAUAAACAGGGACAGGUUGAUUCAUGCCAGGGAGAUUCGGGUGGUCCUCUUUCUUGCGAAGUGGACAAGACGUGGUAUUUAAUUGGAAUUACAAGCUGGGGUGAAGGCUGCGCUCGAGCUGACAAGCCAGGAGUUUACACUAAAGUCACAGAAUUUACAGACUGGAUUGUGAAACAUACAAAAAUAAUAAUUUGAGACUAAAUAUUUGCUAAGAAGACAUGGACAUUCUGCAAGUCUCAACAACAGCAAUGAUAUACUGGAGAUGAGCUUAAGCUUCUAUCAGUCUUACAUUUCCAAGAAUAUGUUUGGUUUGUUAGUUAUUUGUACCAGUUAGAAAUAUAAAAACUGUGUAAUGAAAAGGUCUGUCAGGGUCUAUUCUACAG